GCUGUUUCACCCCUGUUUCACCAAAACACAAUCAUUCUUUUCUCCCUCUUCAAAUGCUAUCCUAUAAAAGGAUUACGGCGUGGAUAGAAAGUGAAGGAACUCGCAUUCCUCAACACCAAAUUCUCGAAACAUGGGCCGCUCAUGAGAACUUCCCAACGAUAUCCUGCUGGAUACCUUCAGAACUAGGCCAGAAAUUCGAAGUUUGCUUCACAGAUGACGACUUGGAAGACUCCAUAUGUGGUUACAUUGAGAUUGACGGCCAACGAUGUGGCAGCAAAUUUCUUCGAGCGCCGAUUGAUAGAGGCAAGGUUAUGCGGAGGGAUAGUGUGAGGACUUCAGAGACAGAGGUUGGGUAUUUCCAGUUUGCGGAUGUGGUUACAACAGAUGACGAUGAAUACGAAGGGCAAGAUUUAUACCGCAUGGGCGAGAUUGAAGUAACCGUUAAACGAGUUCAUAUAUCCCCUGGAUUUGGUGGCGGAUGGAGAAAUCCCAAAGCUAGAACGUCGUUUCCUUCAACUAACAGACGGGUGGUUCACGAGAAGGAUAAGAAGGGAAUCAUGCACACGGUCAGACUAGCAGCGAGCUAUUCUACAGGUCCACACAGGUCGAAGCCCCCGUUAAAGGUCGUGCCGUGCGAUCCGAUAGUCAAGUUUGUAUUUCAUUAUGCUCCUCUGGUCAAGCUGCGUGCAGAUGGCAUCGUUCCCCCACUUGAAGUCAAAGCUGAACCAGACUUGAAACAGGAGGAGAAGGAAGAUCAAGUCUUCAUCGACCUUACGCUGGAGGAGGACGAUGAUCCUCUGAUUGUGCCCAGGGAGAAGACGUUCAUCGACUUGACGUUGGAGGAUGAUUAUGAUCCUCUGAUUGACUCCAGGGAGAAGAUGCUCAUCGACUUUACGUUGGACCCAGAGUCUGUCCCUCAACCCAAGCGUGAACGGCCUGGGACCCAGAAAGAAAUCAUAGUGGUUGAGGACGAUGAGGACGAGGAGACGCUCAAGAUUAUUCAAUAAAGGCUUCUUCUUAAGCCGAUACGCUUUUUUCUUGGAUGUAUACUAUACUGUAGC